AUGGGAUUGAGUUCCAUUUCGCGCAGAGUGGUCCUGGGUUCCCUGGCCCUUGCGGCAGCGACUGCAGUUUCCUCCUCCUCGAUAUCUUUCCUUACAGAAUUUCGUGCUUACGCUGAUGGGUUUGACCCCGAGACCCUGGAAAGGGGUGCCAAGGCUCUCCGGGAGAUCAACAGCUCUCCACAUGCGAAGCAGGUCCUUCCCCUGUUUACUCUUCUUCUUUUCGCUCUCUCGGUCUCUUUUUUUCUCUUAUGCACUCACACACUUACACACUAUUCCCGGGUACCAUGUUGUCGUCUGUCUGUAGUUUUCUAUAAUGUCUUUGGUUGCUUUAUCCUGCAUCAUUCACACUUGUGUUGUUCAAAACCUCUCAGGUAUUUGAGGUGAUGAGGCAGCAGGAGGACACGCGGCUAGCAGAACUGGCAGUCGAGAAAGCCCAUUUCAAAGCAGUGGAAGUAGAAGCGGAUAUUGUAUGCAACGACCCGUCUCUCUCUCCCUCCGAAAUGUGAACUCCUUUAACGCUCUGAAUUCAUUCUCUGCUUUCCAAUAGAGGGGUGUUCUUUCUUCGAGGAAUCAGAAUCAAAAGUCCUGAUCCGACAUUUUAAUCAAAACCAGCAUUAUUAGAUUUCAGCUAAUCAUGCUGGCUUUUUAAGGUGAAACAGAUCAACAAGGUCAAAGGUUUUUGGAUUUUUUCGUAGACCCACACAAAUAACUGAUGCUUGCUAGCUUUGACAAAUUGGUCCACUGCUGAUUUCCAUUUUUUCAUUUCCGACAAUGUCUUUUCAAAGCUACGUUUCUUCUAGAUUUAGGAGGAACUCCUACAUAUGGCGACAUAACUGAUAUUCUAUUAUUGAUUGCGUCUUGGGCUUCUAAGAAGGGUCGCACUGACCGUAUGAAAAUAGCCUGAGUGAGAGUCCUAAGGAGGAUAUUUUAAAAUCACAAGUCAUUGUGUGCUUUGAGACCUUUAGCCACUGAAGUACCUGGAGAAUUUUGUAUCAAUUUCUAAAUGGUAGCAUCAUUGUCUUGUGUCCUUGAAUCCACGUAUCAUUCUGAUGUAUUAUCUGACAUUCUCCUACUCUAUAGGAUGGAAGCUUUCCGAAUCUCGCCUCCCAUCCUAAAUUUUCUGUCGUGAAUUUUAAGAGAAAAAUAUGUGCCUUUUUGUUCCCGUCUGAAUUGAAGUUAUGAAGGAAACAAUUUUAGGGGUGGGCACGAAAAUUUUCAACUUUUUCUUUAUCUUUGCUUUCUCCAUCUUAGAGGAGUCUUCAAGUUGCAGAUUUUAUUGAUAUUUCUGAUUUGCACUAGUUGGGUAAGGACGGAAGACUUAAAUUUUUAGGGAUAAAUUUUAUAAGACUGAUAUUAAUAUGUAUUUAUGUUGUCUAUAAAUUAUCUUUUCGUCAGGUGCAUUGUUAUUGAUUAUUUUCGGUGCAGUUGUCAAACGCUCUUGAAUUGCUGCAGCGAUGGGAGUGCCAUCCCGUCGAAUUUACUUGGUGAAAUAUGUCUUUGUCAGCUAGCUGUGGGCUAUUUACUGGGAAACGAAUACAAGACGGCUUAAUUUUUUUUUCAGAUAUUUACAUUAUAUUUACAAGAGCUCUAUUAUAUGCCAAAAAGGAACCCAUAAUUGGAAUUCUAGGCUGCUGGUUAUAUUCUAGUGAAUGUGUCUGUCCAUUUUUCCGUAAAUUAUCUUUCUUCUUUGAUCAAAGUACUGUUUUCUCUUGUUGUCUUUUUUUGGCUCUUUUUUAUCUAUUAGAGAAAAGUAAUCGGUUUCCACGUUGGGAAAAGAUUACUACUUUCUUGAGGGUCCUACUGCUCAUGUGGAGCCUUUGGUUAUCUCCAGGGCUACGAACCUUUCCUUAGUUGAAGUCAGUUUUAGGGUAUCAUCUAUCUAUGUAAAUACUCAGUUCCUGCAUCCGUCUUGCUCGUCUAUUUUCGAGGAAGAUAGCCAUUGUUGCACCAAUUUCCGUAGUCUUUGUAAUCAGCCUUUUUGUUUCUUACAGUCCUUUUUUGUAUGACUCAUGCUGAACGUAGAUGGUGAAAGAUGCCUGAACCUUCAACUUUGCCUUUUUUACGUACCUGGUUUUUUAACCCUGCCCUGAUGUUGUUUCGGGAAGGCGCUCUUCUGUUGGUUAAUCUGUGUUCUUGAGGCACAUUUCUUUUUAGAGAAACAAAUGUUUUUAUGAAAUCUACUUGCCUGACUUUUUAGGUUUUAUCUUUUACAUACAGAUUUUCUAGCUCCCUCUGUGUGCAAGUAGUUCGGCUAGAACACCUAGUUGACACUCUUCCGGCUGGAAAUUAUUUGAUUCUCAAAUGGGCACCAGUUUCUUUCCGAAUUUGAUACACUCUCUGGUGGCAGGAAAAGCAGAGGAAAAUGUCUGAAGAACAGAGAAAUUUAGUUCAACAGCAAGCGCAGACAAAGGCACAAAUGUUACGUUACGAAGAUGAAUUGGUUAGGAAAAGACUGCAGGUUGGUGGAGUAAUAUUAAUGCCUUCACCUGAUCUGUUUACUUUGAGAUUUGACUGUGACAAUCUUUGUCCCCAGACUGACCAUGAAGCACAGAGGCGACAAAACGCUGAGCUUGUGAAGAUGCAAGAGGAGUCGUCUGCACGCAAAGAACAAGCCAGGCGUGCUACAGAAGAACAGAUUCAAGCACAAUUGCGUCAGACUGAGAAAGAAAGAGCUGAAAUAGAACGUGAAACCUUAAGAGUAAAGGCAAUGGCUGAGGCUGAAGCCCGGUCUCAUGAGGCAAAGUUGACGGAGGAACAUAACAGGAGAAUGCUCCUAGAACAAAUGAAAGGCGAAAGGGAAAAGUGGAUUGCAGCGAUCAAUGCCACUUUCAGCCAUAUUGAAGGUAUUGCGCUGAACGCUAAUCUGAGUUGUUCUGCCUUGGUUGGAUUAUUUGAUGUAUGGACGCUUCAAUUUCUUAAUCCAUUUACUGUAUAUAUUCGUUGACUCUGGAUACUGUGAAUCAAGAUUAAUUGACUUAGUGUCAUAUUUAUAUUUUGGAAAAUUGGAAAGCGGAAUAAGGUCUUACCAGACCUUGUGGCCUUCCUAUAACUAUGAACUAUGAAAUUGCCGUGAUGUUCUACGAUUCUCUACUUUUUCUCUGAACACACUCUUGCAUAUAUUAUAUGUUUGCCCUAUUCUAUCUAGCCUUUAAACUGUACUCUAAUGAAAUCCUUUAUGUGAGAAUCCCUCGUAAUGAAUCCAUUUAGUUUUUUCAUUUCUUUCUGAUGCGAAAUGCAGAAUUUUUCUUCGGUUUUUGACAUGGUUAGCCGAAUGCGGAUUCUAAUCUGAAUCCACCAAUAUGGAUCGGUCUCUAGGGCAUCAUGUUCCUGGCUGGAUUGGAACCGACCUGAGAUUGGGUCAGAUUGGGGGAGAAUCAAUGUCUUGGAUAAAAGAUGGAUUCUAGUUACAAACGUAAAUGGCCUAACAUACGACUGUGAAAACGCAUUAGAGUUUAAAAUAUGAUUCCUGGACAAGCUGUUAAUGUUUCAUAAGACCCCAACUGAUCGUCUGGUACCACAUUCUCCCUGAAAAUAUUCCCAUUUUCUGGGGGGGAGAGAGCUCAGGCGCGGGGUGGACGACCAGUCAGAGCAGGUGGCAGGCAGCAUAGGGAGUAUUUUGUUCCCUGUCGCUCUUCCCUCUUCCGCUUCCUUCAGCAUCGGUUCUGUCCUGUUUCUUUCUCCGACAGGCAUUAGAAUCUUGUAUGUAUGGGCGACGCACCAGCUCCACACGGGUCCUUGAAUAGUAUUAUUGAUAGUCGAUCUCCUUGUCAGCUGCCUGAUUCCAGGAGUGGAGAUGGCUAAAAUGCCCUUUUAUUGUUUUAUUUUUAUUUCAAGUAAGUCAGUCAUUGACUGCAAUUCGUGUUUGAAGUCUAAUUUAGUUUCAAGUUUUGUUUUUUUGUUGAAAGAAUACAACGAGUUUGUACACCCCAGAACACCCAUUAUCGCCCUCAAUAUUCAUACUGGAGCUCAACCUCGUUAUCUUCAUGAUGGAUGACACUGAUUUUUUUUCUUUAAACUGGAGCCAUAAUACCUUGCGUGAUCUCUGAUCGCUGUGGUGUUUCUAUUCGGGGUGGGUCUUUUAUGCCCUCUAGAGAGAAUAAGCCAAGUUGUUUUGCAUAUGUUGUGGCCAGCAGGCGGGCAGUGCUCCGCGAGGUUGAAGUGCCAAGUGCACUCGUAAGCAAGCUCUUUAGAAAGGGGCGGGUCGUCCAUUGGCAUGCUGCCCGCCUCUCUAAUGAGCCUACUGGACUAAGCACGAUUGGGACUCUUCCAUGAUUGAUGUUCUCCGAUUAGCACUGACGUGGGCAUGCUCGAUACAUCUGCGCCAACGAAAUCCGUUGCCUGAAGAAUCCCAUCAUUGUUAGUGAGGAUUCCAUGGCUAUGGCUUGCUUUCAUCAGUGCUCCUCGGUGUGUUUCAGGUGGCUUUAGGUUGCUGUUAACCGAUAGGACCACUCUGGUCAUGGCCGUCGGGGGAGGCACCGCCCUCGCCGCUGGUGUCUACACGACGAGGUCAACUUCUGAUCAGUGCUUUAGCUUUUCCAUUUUCCCUCUUCUUCUGCGUCUCAGUCUUCUUCGUUGAGCAAACUGCUGCUGUUGAUCGGCGCCUCUCUUCUUCUCCUUUGCUCGCCAGGGAAGGAGCCAGAGUGCUGUGGAACUACGUCAACAGGAUUUUGGGCCAACCUUCGCUCAUCAGGGAGUCGUCGAUUGCCAGGUUUCCAUGGUCGGGGCUCGUUUCACGGGUCAGAAGAGGGAUGCGGACUUCCCCGUCCGGUCAGAUUGAGCCAUCUCCGGGCCGGCACCCCGCUUUCGGCAACAUCAUUCUUCAUCCUUCGCUGCAGACGAGGAUCGAACGGUUGGCUCGAGCUACGUCCAACACCAAGGCCCACGAGGCGCCGUUCCGUAACAUGCUCUUCUACGGGCCUCCUGGCACGGGCAAAACGAUGGUUGCGAGGGAGAUGGCUCGGAAAUCGGUAGGCUGCUGCAACUCAUUUCCCUCUAAACGUGGAUGCUCGCCCAGUAGGCUGCUGUUCGUUCUCUUCGUAAUCUCUGAGCACGCACAAGGAAGAUGUUCGAGCUUGUAGACUAACUAGAUGGGGUUGGACGAUGAUGGUCUCAUUUUUCUUGGUAUGGAAGAUGGGCUUACAGGUCUCACAGGGUCUGUGCUGGCUGUCGACAGGGCCUGGACUACGCGAUGAUGACGGGGGGAGACGUCGUCCCUCUGGGCUCACAGGCGGUGACCAAGAUCCACGAGAUAUUCGACUGGGCGAAGAAGUCGAGAAAAGGUCUACUCCUCUUCAUUGAUGAGGCCGAUGCCUUCCUGUGCGAGUAAGCAUCCCUUUAUCUCUCCUUCUAUUUGGAGUAUGAUGGUGGCUAGAAAUCAUUGCACGGGCCUGUUGAGAAAGAGAGAGAUGAUGAUGAUGAAGAAGAAGAAGAACAGGUAGUAAGUGAGUGGCUGCAUCGUGGGCUGAUGAUGAACAACAGGAAGCUAGGGUGGUGAGAGUCUGAUGUUCUAUGGAAUGCAAGAUGUUCACAGUCGUUGUUAGUUGUCAGGGCUCGAAAUCGCAUUGUUGUUCUGAAGAUGAGGAAUUUGAUUCCAUGGAGUUUCUCGGACGUCUGAUCGAGGGGGAGCAGUCGGAGAGCAAGGAGGGAUUCUUACUUACGGCUGCUGGGUUUUGUUUUUGCAGGAGGAACAGCGCUCGAAUGAGCGAAGCCCAGCGGAGCGCCCUCAACGCGCUGCUCUUCCGCACCGGCGACCAGUCGAGAGACGUCGUCCUCGUCCUGGCGACCAAUCGGCCGGGGGACCUCGACGCGGCCGUCACGGACCGCAUCGACGAGGUGAUCGAGUUCCCGCUCCCCGGCGAGGAGGAGCGCCACCUACUGCUGAAGCUCUACCUGGACAAGUACCUGGCGGCGCCGCCGCUGAGCUCCGGCUGGUUCAGGAAUAAACCGCAGGAGGUCACCGUGGAGGACGACGUCUCCGAAGACGUGAUCCGCGAAGCCGCGCGGAGGACGCACGGCUUCUCCGGCCGCGAGAUCGCGAAGCUCGUCGCCGGCAUCCGAUCUGCCGUGUACGGUCGCGCGGACUGCGUGCUGGACUCGGAGCUGUUCAUGGAGAUGGUGGAGUACAAGGUCGCCGAGCACCACCGGCGCAUGGAACUCGCCGGCGACAGCGGACGGUGA